AUGGAGCCCAUUGCUACCUUUGACGAGCGCCACGGAAUUGAUACACAUGUCACAGAGGGAAGUCCCGGUCAGGGCAAGGACGCUACAUAUGACGAGCCCCGAGCUUGGGGGGCUCCCAAGGGCCCUCACACCAUUUCGUUUAAGCAAGAGGGAUUAUCGGACACCGAUGCAUUACAUCCGUAUAUGAACGCAACGGGAAAGAGUCAGAAGGGCGAGGGGGAUAUCGAGACGGCGAAGGUUAAGGGGGCGGUUUCACCUAAUCGACCACAGGUGUGA